UUGCCUAAUUCAGCUAAGCCCAAAAGCAAAAACCAAAACUAAUUUUAAAAAAAUUAGACCAAAAGCAUUUCCCGCCUCUUUGACUUCUCUGUUCGACUACAGAUCUGUCUUUAUACUACAUCGAUUGAUUUUUCUCUGCAAAUUCAACUUUCAAAAACUUUUGGUUUCAGUUCUAUUAGGGUUUCGAACUCCGAAAUCCCUUCACUUCCUUUCUCAUCGCCCUCCAUUGUUUCUUUUCUAGGGUUUCGAUCUCUGAAACCCCAGAAAACACACCAAUUCAACGUGCUCACUCACUCGAUUAGGGUUUGGGUUCUGAAUUGAAGUUACAAUGUACAUCAAGGAGGUUUGCUUGGAGGGGUUCAAGUCGUACGCGACGAGGACGGUGGUUCCGGGUUUCGAUCCCUUCUUCAAUGCGAUAACGGGGCUGAAUGGUUCCGGGAAAUCGAACAUUCUUGAUUCCAUUUGCUUCGUUUUGGGCAUCACCAAUUUACAGCAGGUUCGGGCCUCAAAUCUUCAGGAGCUCGUGUACAAGCAGGGGCAAGCUGGGAUUACGAAGGCUACGGUUUCGAUUGUGUUUGAUAAUUCAGACAGGAGUAAGAGUCCUCUUGGUUACGAAGAUUGUCCGGAGAUUACGGUCACCCGUCAGAUUGUGGUUGGUGGAAGGAAUAAAUACUUAAUCAAUGGGCACCUGGCGCAGCCUAGUCGAGUACAAAAUCUUUUCCAUUCAGUGCAACUUAAUGUUAACAAUCCACAUUUUCUCAUUAUGCAAGGGCGCAUUACUAAGGUCCUAAACAUGAAACCCCCCGAAAUCUUAUCUAUGCUUGAAGAGGCAGCUGGGACGAGAAUGUAUGAAACAAAGAAAGAGGCUGCUCUGAAGACGCUAGAGAAGAAACAAAGCAAGGUUGAUGAGAUUGACAAGCUUCUUGACCAGGAAAUACUUCCUGCUUUGGAGAAGUUGAGGAAGGAGCGGAUGCAAUACAUGCAAUGGGCUAAUGGCAAUGCAGAAUUAGAUCGACUCAAAAGGUUUUGCAUUGCGUAUGAAUAUGUUCAGGCUGAGAAGAUUAAAGACACUGCAAUUCAAGGGGUGGAAGGAAAAAAGACAAAGAUUUCUGAGAUUGAUGAUAAUGCGGAAAGGAUGCGUCUGGAGUUACAGGAGGGGGAAACGGAAGUAGCAAAGUUGACUGCUGAAAAAGAAGCAAGUAUGGGUGGGGAGGUAAAAAGUUUGUCAGAGAAAGUAGAUGCUCUUUCUCAUGAUCUUGUAAGGGAGGUGUCUGUACUGAAAAAUCAAGAGGAAAUUCUUAUGAAUGAAAAAGAGAAUGCUGAAAAGAUCGUUAGAAGUAUUGAAGAAUCAAAACAGUCUUUAGAAGAGAGGGCCUCUGCUGUAAAAAACGCUGAAUAUGGGGCAGCUGAUCUUAAAAAAAGAGUUGAGGAUCUUUCUAAGAGUUUGGAAGAGUAUGAAAGGGAAUACCAGGGUGUAAUAGCUGGUAAGAGCAGUGGAAAUGAGGAGAAGUGCCUUGAAGAUCAACUGGGUGAUGCAAAAGUAGCUGUUGGAAGUGCAGAAACAGAACUGAAACAGUUGAAAACAAAAAUAAGCCAUUCUGAGAAAGAGCUGAAAGAGAAAAAGCAUCAGUUAUUAUCAAAGCGUGAAGAGGCUGCUGCUGUAGAGAAUGAGCUCAAUGUCAGAAGAAAAGAUGUGGAAGUCGUUAAAAUGGCCUUGGAAUCUCUUUCAUAUGAAGAGGGACAGAUGGAAGCUUUACAGAAGGAUCGUGUAGCUGAGUUAGAGAUAGUGCAGAAGUUGAAAGAUGAAACUCGGAUUCUUUCUGCACAAUUGGCAAAUGUUGAGUUCACAUAUCGUGACCCUGUGAAGAAUUUUGAUAGGUCGAGGGUGAAAGGUGUGGUUGCUAAACUCUUUGAAGUGAGGGAUAGCUCCACAAUGACAGCAUUAGAGGUUGCUGCUGGGGGAAAGUUGUUUAAUAUUAUAGUGGACACAGAAAAUACUGGAAAGCAGCUGCUGCAAAAUGGUGAUCUUCGAAGAAGAGUGACAAUUAUUCCUCUAAACAAAAUUCAAUCCCAUCCUGUUCCGCAAAGAGUUCAAAAUGCUGCUGCUAGAUUGGUUGGUGAGGGGAAUGCAGAAGUGGCACUUUCUUUAGUUGGAUAUGAUAAGGAACUGAAGAGUGCAAUGGAAUACGUGUUUGGUUCUACCUUUGUUUGCAAAACUAGUGAUGCUGCAAGGGAGGUUGCUUUUAGUCGGGAAAUUAGCACACCAAGUGUCACUCUCGAAGGUGAUAUAUUUCAGCCAAGUGGACUUCUGACUGGUGGUAGUCGCAAGGGUGGUGGUGAUCUGUUAAGGCAACUUUAUUCUUUGGCAAAGGCUGAAUCAGAGCUUUCUAUUCACCAGAAGCGGUUAUCUGAAAUUGAAGCGAAGAUUGCUGAGCUCUUUCCCCUUCAAAAAAAGUUUAAGGACUUCAAGGCACAAUUGGAGCUCAAGUUAUAUGACCUUUCAUUAUUUCAGAGCAGGGCUGAACAAAAUGAGCAUCAUAAGCUUGAUGAACUGGUAAAGAAGAUUGAGCAGGAGCUUUUAGAAGCAAAAUCUGCUGCAAAAGAAAAGCAACUUCUGUAUGAAAAAUGUGUAGAUACAGUUUCAUUGCUUGAAAAAUCAAUUCAUGAUCAUGCUAAUAAUCGGGACAGAAGGCUAAAAGAUUUGGAGAAAAAUAUUAAGGCAGUAAAAGCUCAAAUGCAAUCAGCUUCAAAAGAACUCAAGGGGCAUGAGAAUCGAAGGGAGAAGCUUAUUAUGGAAAUGGAAGCAGUCAAAGAGGAACAUGCAUCCUUGGAGAGUCAGUUAAUUUCUCUAAGAAACCAGAUUAACACUCUCACAUUGGAAGUAGAUGAACAUAAAACCAAGAUUGCUUCCAUCAGAAAUGUUCAUGACCAGGCACAAUCUGAGCUGAAUAUCUUCCGGACGAAAUUGAAGGAAUGUGAUUCACAGAUUAAUUCCAUUCUUAAGGAGCAACAGAUAAUUCAACGUAAAAUUAGUGAGACAAAUAUUGAGAGGAAGAAGAUGGAAAAUGAGGUAAAACGGAUGGAGAUGGAACAGCAAGAUUGCACUUUGAAGGUUGACAAAUUAAUUGAAAAGCAUGGCUGGAUAACAUCUGAGAAACAGUUGUUUGGAAGAAGUGGGACGGAUUAUGAUUUUGCGUCCCGUGAUCCUCGAAAAGCAAGGGAGGAUUUUGAAAAGCUGCAAGCUGAACAAUCAGGCCUUGAGAAAAGAGUUAACAAGAAAGUUAUGGCAAUGUUUGAGAAGGCAGAAGAUGAGUACAGCGAUUUGAUAUCCAAGAAAAAUAUCAUUGAGAAUGACAAGUCAAAAAUCAAGAUGGUGAUUGAAGAGCUUGAUGAAAAGAAGAAAGAAACUCUGAAAGUUACUUGGGUUAAAGUUAACAACGACUUCGGGUCCAUAUUUUCCACCCUAUUACCUGGCACAAUGGCAAAGCUAGAACCUCUGGAGGGAUGUAGCUUCUUGGAUGGUCUUGAGGUUCGUGUUGCAUUUGGAGGUGUUUGGAAGCAGUCCUUGUCAGAACUUAGUGGAGGACAGAGAUCUCUACUUGCCCUUUCUCUAAUUCUGGCGCUGCUUCUGUUUAAACCAGCUCCACUUUAUAUACUGGAUGAGGUUGAUGCAGCUCUUGAUCUAAGCCACACCCAGAAUAUAGGAAGAAUGAUCAAAAGUCACUUUCCACAUUCGCAGUUCAUUGUGGUUUCUCUGAAGGAAGGCAUGUUCAAUAAUGCCAAUGUUCUUUUUCGCACAAAAUUUGUGGAUGGUGUUUCCACUGUGCAGAGAACUGUUGCAACGAAGCAGAACAAAUGAUUCGCUUCAUCUUGUGGCGAUUAAACUGAACUGAUGGUUUGCUUUAAUGAAGAUUGCGAGCUUCGGUGACCGCUGACAAUUACAAUGUGUAACGUCUAACAGUGGUAUAUUUUUUUUGUAUGCACUGUGUAUAAUUAGUUGUGUAAAGCAUCUUUGGCUUCUUUGUAUCUUGGAAUUUGGAAAAUCCAUGAAUUGUCAAUCUGUUUGAGAUGAUGCAUUUCACUUUAUAAUGCGAAAGCUUUAAUUACCAUA